GCGGGGCCGGGCGGGCAGCGCGGAGGAGGAAGGCGACAAAAUGGCGUCGACGGAUUACAGUACCUACAGCCAAGCUGCAGCUCAGCAGGGCUACAGCGCCUAUGCACCCCAGCCAGCUCAAGGAUAUGCACAGACCACCCAGACGUACGGGCAGCAGAGCUACGGGACCUACGGGCAGCCCGCGGACGUCAGCUACAGCCAGCCCCAGAGCACGGCCACCUACGGGCAGACCGCCUACGCCACGUCCUACGGGCAGCCCCCGACCGGUUACAGCGCCCCCAGCGCGCCCCCCGCCUACCCCCAGCCCGUGCAGGGCUACGGCAGCGCCGCCUACGACACCAGCACGGCCACGGCCACCACCACCCCGACGUCCUACGCCGCGCCCGCCGCCUACGGCACCCAGCCCGCCUACCCGGCCUACGGGCAGCAGCCGGCCCCCGCCGCGCCCACCAGACCCCAGGAUGGCAGCAAACCAGCAGAGAGCAGCCAGCCCCAGUCCAGCACGACAGGCUACAGCCAGCCCAGCCUGGGCUACGGGCAGAGCAACUACAGCUACCCCCAGGUGCCUGCCAGCUACCCCAUGCAGCCCGUCACCGCUCCUCCCUCCUACCCCCCGACCAGCUAUUCCUCCACACAGCCAAGCAGUUACGAUCAGAGCACUUACUCCCAGCAGAGCAGCUACGGGCAACAGAGCUCCUACGGCCAGCAGACCAGUUAUGGGCAGCAGAGCAGCUACGGGCAGCAACCCCCUCCCACCAGCUACCCCCCUCCCAGCGCAUCCUACAGCCAGGCCCCCAGCCAGUACAGCCAGCAGAGCAGCAGCUACGGCCAGCAGAGCUCGUUCCGCCAGGACCAUCCCAGCAGCAUGAACAUGUACGGGCAGGAAUCCGGAGGCUUCUCCGGCCCAGGAGAGACCCGGAAUCUGAGCGGCCCCGAUAGCCGGGGCAGGGGACGAGGGGGAUAUGAUCGAGGAGGCAUGAGCAGAGGUGGGCGGGGAGGAGGACGCGGUGGAAUGGGGUUACAAAGUGAGAGCCUUGUAUACACCUCAAUACUUAAAAAGUACCCGUACUCAGUACUCAGCCGGCAGCAUAAUGAAAAGUGGGACUAGACACGGUGUCCAUAUGGAGAGGAAAAAUAUACAUAGAAUAUUUUUAACCCAAUGUAUUGAUUGUAUAAACGGAAUCCUUCUGUAACUUUUGGUAACUGCAUACUUGUUGUUUGGUAAUAAAACCAGAGGAGGGUAUACUACUACUUUAGAAUUGUGUAACGUUAAAAAAAAAAAAAAAAAAGAAAGAAAAAAAGAAGAAAAAGUGUAAAAAAAAAAAAGUUAUGUUUAAGAAAGAGAGACGUUACGUAAAUGGUGUGUACUUUUAACGAGAGGAGGCAAAGCUGCAUGCAACAGCUCGAAAUUCUGUAUUGACUUCUUUUUUUCCCAGUAUUAGAGGUGCAAUACUUGCUAGAAAAUUCACGGUGCUCUCCCUCCUCCACUCGGCUCCUUCCAAACGGCUCGUCUCACCCCCCACCAAAAACAAAACAAAACAAAAAAAGAGCGAGAAACAGCCCAAAUCCUUUUCCAGGUGGCAUUUUCCUACUUAACCACCACGCUCCAAAAGCGGUUUCAGCUGUGAAAGCCUCGGCCAAAGCUUUUGGUGAAAGCUGUGGCCUCGUUCCCAUUGGCGCCUGCCCAAAAGCCACGUGAGUGUGUCCACAAAGCUGCACCCCAGGCCUCGGAGCCCCCCGCUGCACUCUGUAAGUUCUCCCUCCAGAGAGUUGUUAAAUUCAGUAGUGACCUGAAAUGUAUGGCUUUCUUUUUGAGGGUUGCAGGGGCGCUGUCAGCUGGACUUUUGUGUCGUAGGUUCUCGCGUUGGGGUUGUCUCCUUUUGCACUGUUAAACUGUCAGGGACCCGCGGGCCCGGCGCCGCCACAGGCCGAGGGUGCACCUCCGUGGACACACCGAGGGGAGGGAGUUGACCACUGAAACACCCCCGAAUUUCUCUGAAACACACACCAAAAAAAACAACCCCCUUUCCCCCCUCCCUCGAUUUCUAACACAAAGCCCCUUUCUUUGCCAAGUAUUGCACCGAUGAUACCUGAGUAACGCCAGGGCACCGACGGCAAAGCGGUGCCUCGAGCCCACGCCAGGUUGCUUUAUACUGUAAAGAGCAUUUGAGCGAGCUGCCCUGAAGAAAGGCCUAGUGCCGAGAUGAGACAGAGACAGAGAGAUGUUUGGAGAUGUUUAGCCAGUGCCCUUCUCCCCUGUGAGCCGCAGAGGCUCAGAGCGGUGCUGGCUUUGUAAAGGGAAAGGCCUUCAUUUCUUCGUUUAUCCCCCCAGCAGCGCUGGAGAGCGAGGUGGCUUCAAUAAGCCUGGUGGUAAGUUUUUGAGCAUUACAAUGGAUAGUGUUAAAAAAAAAAAAAAGCAUUUGCAGACAGUUUUUUAGAACCAAGUGUAAUUUUGUUAUUCGUUUUAAGUGGUUUAAAAUGACAUAUGCAACCAGACUGUAAAUGGGUACUGCCGGCGACGCUAAGGGUUUUAAUGCGGUCACAGGACGCAGUGGAAGAGUUGAGCAACCACUCACUGUAAUUUGGGGAAAAGGAAUGGUUUGGAUGUAAUAAAUCUUUUCUUUUUAUAUUAAGUAACUUAUAGUAGCGAACUUAAAAAAACCGAUUGGCUUGGUAUAACAUUUAUUUUUUCGUUUGUGUUUUUUUUUAAAAAUCAGCGUAAUAGUCGGUUAACGGUUUGAGAGCUGCUAAAAAUCAGCGUGCUAGCGGUUAAUGGUUUGAAAAAGUGCUAAAAAAAAACCAAAAAAAAACCAAAAACC